GCCCCAGGCGUGGGUCACGCUCUCGCUCGUUCUCUUUCUGCCGCCAUCUUGGCUCCGCGUCCCCCGCACGAAAUGCCCGGUGAAGCCACAGAAACCGUCCCUGCCACGGAGCAGGAGCUGCCACAGCCCCAGGCUGAGACAGGAUCUGGGACAGAAUCUGACAGUGAUGAAUCAGUACCAGAACUUGAAGAACAAGAUUCUACACAGGCAACCACACAGCAAGCUCAGCUGGCAGCAGCAGCUGAGAUCGAUGAAGAACCAGUUAGUAAAGCAAAACAGAGCCGGAGUGAAAAGAAGGCAAGGAAGGCUAUGUCCAAAUUGGGUCUUCGACAAGUUACAGGGGUUACUAGAGUCACGAUUCGAAAAUCUAAGAAUAUCCUCUUUGUCAUCACAAAACCAGAUGUCUAUAAGAGCCCAGCUUCAGAUACCUACAUAGUUUUUGGGGAAGCAAAGAUUGAAGAUUUAUCUCAACAAGCACAGCUAGCAGCUGCUGAGAAAUUCAAAGUUCAAGGUGAAGCUGUCUCAAGCAUUCAGGAAAAUACACAGACUCCAACUGUACAGGAGGAGAGUGAAGAGGAAGAGGUUGAUGAAACAGGUGUGGAAGUUAAGGAUAUAGAAUUGGUCAUGUCACAAGCAAAUGUGUCUAGAGCAAAGGCAGUCCGAGCCCUGAAGAACAACAGUAAUGAUAUUGUAAAUGCUAUUAUGGAAUUAACAAUGUAACCAUCUGGAAAAAUGGAGACCCUUUUUUUGGUGUUUCAAAAGAGUAAUUACAGCUUGGUUUGAAAUUUGUACUGUUUCUAUCAUUAAUAAAGUUAUGGCUUCUUGUUGGAUGAA